AUGACCAUCUCAGCUCCCAUCAUCGAACUCCCUCAAACCCCAACCCUCACCACUCUAAUGACCACCUUCUGCUCUCCCUCCUCCACCCCCAAAAUCAUGCAAGACACAAUCCACGCCUUAACCCAUGAAAUCAUUUCCGCAGCCAAAUCCCACGAUACAACCCUCACCCAAUCAUUCACAACAAUGAUCCCCAUUCUCCACGGAGCCCUACCCAUGUUUGUGGCCGCCCAGCCCCUUCUCCCUGCUACCUCGUGUAUUCUGGCCCGCUGCAGCAAGGCAAAGGGCACUCAGGAUGUGGUGGUAGACUGGCUAGGCCGGCGACCGUUCCCGCCAGAGUCUGAUGACGGGAAGAUUUUGGUUCUAGAUACGAUCAUCGCUACCGGGGAUACAGUCGUCAAGCUUUGUGAGGAACUGUGGGAGAUGAGUGGACAAAAGUCAAGAUCGGUUGUAGUAUUGUGUACCUAUGCAGCUCCCGAUGCAUUGGAGAAGGUAGCCCGUUGCCCGGUGGUAGAGUAUGUGCUUGUUGGAAGACGGGCUGAAAGAUGCGAUGAGAGGGGGUAUCUGGUGCCGUAUACAAAUGGGGAUAUAGGUGAUAAGAUCUAUGGCGGAGAGUGGAGUAAGAAAGCGAAAACAGGGAAUAUUGUUGUUGCAGCGGGAGAGGACAUGGCGAGUGUUUUGCUAGGGGUGCAGAGCUUACUGGUUGAGAAUGGGGGAUUGUGGAAAUUGACAGAGAAUGGGUCGGCUAUUGAACGGGAGAUUCAGUUCUCUGGGUUUAAAGAGGCUUGGACCUAUAUGAAACAAGUUGCACAUACGGCGACCAAGCUUUGCCACCAUCCCCAAUGGGCAAAUGUUUAUGACAAGGUCUCCAUCCGUUGGACAACUCACCACCCUAAAGGUUUGACCAACUUGGAUGUUGUCAUGGCUCAGUUCUGCGAUAGCUAUGUAUGA